AUGGUAUCAUCUUCGAUGAUUAACGGUGAUAUACCACUUGCAAAAAAUGCAUGUGUUAUUAGGCCGAAAGUUAAUGUAAAUCUACAUAUAUCCUUAAAAAAUAGAAAGAAUCCAAAGGACGGUGCCGCAAAUGUUUCUCAUAAUUUACAAAGACAUGUUGAAAAGCGUAUUAACGAAAGAUCGCUGUAUUAUGCUGCUAAGGAAAAAUACUAUAGAAACAAAGGAAAGAAAUAUGAUAAACUUCGUCAAAGUGUUGAAUGUGGGGAAUCCCAUAUAUUGAAAGAAUAUUAUCAUUCACGUAAUCGAGUUAAAAGAUGCUCAAGAAAGCAUAAGAAGCAUAAUUAUGAAAAAUGUUCCGUGUGUAAAAGUCUUGUACAACGAUAUCUUGUAUUAGGGGAAAAUGCCAAUGAAAUUGUUGAAAAAAUUAAUGAAAAGACAAAUGACAGUAUGUGCAAUUCGAUUUGUAACACAGAUCGAAAUUCCAAAAUGAACGAAUUGAUCAAAGAGGAAGUCGAAGAAAACUAUAGUACAACUAAACGGAUUACACCGGCGGCACCAGUUCGAAAAUUUGAUAUUGCUGAGAAUAUUCAAAAUGAUGAUAUCAUUAGAUUGCCAAAAAAUGAGUCCUUAGAUUUGGAUAUUAACAAUGAAAAAGAUUUGAAUUCUUAUAAUUUGUCAAACAUGAAACAUAUUGUACUUUCACAUGAUAAGAAAUUAGGGGACACUUAUAUUAUAUCGAACAAAGAUAUACCUGAUUUAGAAAAUAGAGUAGAACAAAAAGACAAUAGUUAUCAAUUGGUUAAGUGCGAGAAUCAAUCUAAUGACAUAUCAACAAAGGAAUACAUGUACACAAUUUUUGCUGACCUUAAUGUUUCUGAAAUGAUAGAUUUGAUGAAUGGAAAACCAUCGAAUAUCACACCUGUUAAGGAAGAACAAUCACAACUCAAUAUUGCUUUAGAUGAAAUAGAAAAAAAAAUUAGUAUAAAAAAGUUGGCUAAUCAAUCACUUAAUUCAGAAAAUUGCAUAGUAGAUGAUAAGAAAUCUGUGAAAUUAGAAAAAAAAAGAAAGUUGAAGAAAAAAGCUUCAAAUUUGGUUAAGCUUUCUGAAGAAGGUGAUGUUGAUAAUGAAUCAAAUUGCUCAAGUAAAAGUUCUGGUAGUUCAUCACGCUGUUUUAAAAGAGGAAAAACUAUAUUAAAAAAGAAAUCGUCGUCGAGUUGUUAUAAUAGUGAUAAUAAUAAGUUUACUCAGGUUGAAAAAAAAGAACUGAAGGAAAAGAAAUCAUAUAAAAAUAAGUAUGCCUCAAAUGAAUUAAUUGGUUCAAAAAAUCACCAGUUUACCAAAAAGACAUUUGUUUCUAGAAAUCUUCAAAUUGCUAAAGAAAUUUAUAAUAAAGAUGAAACUUUAAAAAACAAUAAGGCUAUGAAAAAUAAUAUUAAUAGUAAUUCUGAAACAAUAACAUCAUAUGAGAAGGUUGAGAAUGGAAAAGAUGUAUGUGACUCAUUUAAGUUAUCUAAUCAAUCAACAGCAUUAGGAAGUAGUACGGUAUUAGGAAAAUAUAUCCCUUUGGAAAUAUAUCAAAAAGAAAAAUAUUGUUGCAAACAGUUAGAGAGAGAAGUUGCUAGAGAGGAUGAAAUUGUUAUUGAGGAUGAAAUUAUUAGUGAGAAUGUAAUUGUUAUUGAGGAUGAUAUUAUUAGUGAGAAUGUAAUUGUUAUUGAGGAUGAUAUUAUUAGUGAGAAUGAAGUUACUAACGAAGAUGAAAUUACUAGUGAAAAUGAAAAUGUUAGUGAAAAUGAAAAUGUUAGUGAAAAUGAAAUUGUUAGUGAAAAUGAAAUUGUUAGUGAGAAUGAAAUUGUUAGUGAGAAUGAAGUUGCUAGUGAGAAUGAAAUUGUUAGUGAGAAUGAAAUUGUUAGUGAGAAUGAAGUUGCUAGUGAAAAUGAAAUUGUUAGUGAGAAUGAAAAUGUUAGCGAAAAUGAUUGCAGUAAUAAAUCUGACUUAGGACACCAUUAUAGCGAUGAGAAAUUAUUUUAUGAAAGCUAUAAAUUAAAAGAUAGUGAUGCAAAGAAAAUCGAUGAUGAACAACCAGAGGGAGAAACACCUAUAAAAAUGAGUAAGAGCGACAAGAUUAAAGAAACCAAUCAUUCUAAUACAAAGAAAACUCAUGUCAAUAAUUUAACACAAGAAGAACACCGUAGAUUACUUGAAUAUUAUGACGGAAAAUUGCCAUCAACAUUUUAUAACGAGGAAAACUUUGAAAACCCAUUUAAAGCAAACGACGAAGGUUCAGAAGAACCAGAUUAUUCAAAUUUAUUUUUGGGCUCUUUUGACAUUAAUAAGAAAGAUGAAACUGAAGAAAAUUCAGCUAUAGAGUCAAACAAUAACAAAUUUACUAGUUCCUUUUUUCCAUCAAGUUUUUUUAAUUCAGAUGAACCUAUUAUUGCUAAUGAAAUAUUUGGAUUACCCAAUACUGAGAAUAAUGAUGUAGAUACACCUGUAAAAUUUAAGAAUUCAUUUGAAACUACAAAAGAUAAUUUAAAUACAAAGAAAGAUAAUAAUAAUGCAGUAGAAAAAAAAGAUAGACAAAUUAUUAAAGAAGAAAAAAAUUAUUCACGUAAAAGAAGUAAAAAUAUUAUAUUUGAUGAAUCAUCACCACAAAGUAAUAAGAAAUUUAAAUACUCCAAUAAUUAUAUGGACAUUAAUAAUGUAGUAGAAAAAAAUGAUGAUCAAGAUACUCAAUAUGAAGAAGAAAAAAAACAAAAUUUACUUAAAAACACACGUGCUAAAUCAUAUAGUUCAAUAAUUAAAAAAAACUGCAAGCUUAUGUCUUAUGGACAAAAUAAGGAUUACGAUAGUAUGCCAAAAACAAGUAUUAAAAAAAAGGUUAGAUUUCAAAAAGAAGUGACAAUAAUACCUAACUUACCCCUCAAAAAAAAUAAUAUCGAUUUUCCUAAUUUAAUUAAUGAAAACAAUAAUAUGCUUAUUUCUUAUGAACAAAAUAGAAAUAUUAAUAAUGUAAUAGAAAGACAGGGUAAUCAAAAUGUUUCAAUUAAAAAAGAAAUAAAAAUUAAUCCAUCGAAAUUGGAUAAUGUGAAUAAUAAUAUUAUGAAUUUAAAUAUUGUAACUAAGAAUAAUGCCAAAAAUAAAUAUAUGAAUUCGGUUAAUGAUACGUGCCAAAAUAGAGAAAUAUGUACUCCUAUCCAUAUGACCCAUAAAAAUAAUAACGAAAUAUUCAAAAGUAGAGAAACAGAAAGCCUUAGUAAAUCGUUACAAAAAAGAGACAUGUAUAUAAAGCAAGGGUUGUAUAAAGAUAUCGGAAUGGAUCUUAUUAAUGUAAUACAUAAACUUAGAGAAGAAAAAGCCAUUAGUGAACAACAUGAAGAGAAAAAAAUUGAACCCACUAAUGAAUUAUCCAAAAAUACAGGGAUUGAUUCGAAUGAUGAAGCUUCAAUAACAACAGAAUUUAAAACUGUUGAUGAAAUACUUGCAGAGAACGAACGUCGAAUUCUUAAUUAUUAUGCAAUGUUAGACAAAGCUGAAGCCAUUAAGAAAGAACAAGAAAUUAAAAAUAAUACUAAUGAAAUUUUAAUAAAGAAAGAACAAGAAAUUAAAAAUAGUACUGAUGAAAUUUUAAUAAAGAAAGAAAAAGAAAUUAAAAAUAGUGCUGAUGAAAUUUUAAUAAAGAAAGAAAAAGAAAUUAAAAAUAGUACUGAUAAAAUUUUAAUAAAGAAAGAAAAAGAAAUUAAAAAUAGUAUUGAUAAAAUUUUAAUAAAGAAAGAAAAAGAAAUUAAAAAUAGUAUUGAUAAAAAUUUAAUAAAGAAAGAAAAAGAAAUUAAAAAUAGUAUUGAUAAAAAUUUAAUAAAGAAAGAAAAAGAAGAACCUAUUGUAGUUAACAAUAAUAAUUUAAGCCCUUUAAAUUCAAGAAAACGAGCACUUAGUGAGAAACCUACGCCACCAAAAAAAUAUACAAAAAAAAUACUGAAAAGAAAUGUAAAUAAGAGUGCCUCAUGUUCACCAUCUCAAAGCCGCCAUUCUUUAUCUGAUAAUAAAAAUAUAUAUGCCAAAAAUGACAUGAAAGACAUAAAAACGCUAGAAAAAUCCAACAAUGUAAACGACCAUAACGAAAAUAGUCAUUAUAGCGAAGGUGGUGCUACAGAUUCGUCUGCCGCAGCACAGUCGUCAGUAGAUAAAAUGUAUGAAAGAUACCUUAAAUAUGCUGGUACCAAACGAGAUUGGGAAAAUAGAUUUGUAGAGGGUAAAUCAAAUCCAUUUAGUAAUGGCCAACCGUACCAUAACGAUAUAUUAGAAAAGCAUACUUCCUGUUUAAUAUCGGAACGAACACAAAGACAUUUAGAAAAACGAUCGUAUGAAUUUCAAAAACAAAAAGAAAGAGAAAGAAUGAAUCGAAAUUCGACAAGAAGACCCGUAGUAGAAGCUCCUAAAGUUAAAGAGUAUAAUUGUAAAGUACUUACAGAAUAUUGGGAUUGGGAUAAUGAACAAACUAAAGAAUUUUGGAGUUGGGAUAAGAAAGAUAAUUUAAAUUUUUGGAACAUGGAUUAUGACAAUGCUAAAAAAUUUUGGAUGUGGGAAAAAGAAAAACAAGAAACAUGUGAAAAUAUAUCAAAUAACACAAUGAAUUUAGAAAAUGAAGAUAUAUUAAAUAUUAUAAAAGAAAUUAUAGAAUCUCGAAAUAUCAACAUCCCAACUACAAAUACCCAAAAUCUCGAAAAAAAUAUAGACAUAUCAACAAGUACCCCAAUUCUAGAAAAAAAUUAUAUGCCACAAAAAAAUAUUCCCAAAACACCAAAAAAUACUCCAACACCACCAAAAAAUAUUCAAACAACACCAAAAAAUAUUCCAAAAACACCAAAAAAUACUCCAACAUCAAAAAAAAAUACUCCAACACCAACAAAAAAUACUUCAACACCAACAAAAAAAUAUUCAAACAACAUCAGAAAAUAA